ACGUAUGCGAUGCUGCUGUUUGCUGCCCAAUAAACAAUAAAUGGGGCAAAUGGAAUUUGCUUGCCUAUCGAAAAUCGUCAGCCGCGAGAUUAGCGUUGCCAGAAUGUGCGAUGAGAAAACUGCCAGAAAAACGCCAAAAGAUCACACAGCACAUGCACCGCUUUGUUUGGACUAUUACUCAACGAAGCCCUUUUGCGCGCCUGCAAACAACUAUUUCUAAAUCGACGAUCCAGAUGAUGACUCUGUCGCCACGCGAAUCUGGUGAACAUAUUGUUAAAAAUGCUAAGUAUGUGCGGGUCAAACCAGCGGGCAUUGAACGGCUAACACAGGAAAUUGUAAAAGCCGUUGUGGAGAAACGCCUAAAUGUUGAUAACUUCUCACAGCACGAGCUGCAUCCGAAGCCAACAGAUCCGCAUGCCGUAGAAUGGAUUUUUGUGGUGGACACUCUGAACUUUUGCUUCUGGACGCCAACCGAUUACACAAAAUACAAGGUUAAUGGCUACACAGGAUACUUUGCGUUAUGUGCUGCCAUCAAUCGUGCCAUGGCUGAGGGCAUGGAUAUUACUGACGCAGCAGUAUACUCAGAACUAGAUAGUGCCACGUUGAAAACUGUAUUUAGAGCCGACGAAGCCGACACAAACAUUCCACUUCUGUUGGAACGUGUGAAGUGCCUGCACGAAGUUGGAAAGCGACUUUUGGACAAAUGGCACGGGAAGUUUGAGAAUGUGGUCAAGGCUGCCAACAAUUCUGCGGUUCGCCUACUGCAGCUCAUAGUAGAUGAGUUUCCCUGUUUUCGCGAUCAGGCCGAUUAUGCAGGACUGCGCGUAAAUAUAUUAAAACGUGCCCAGAUCCUUAUAGGCGACUUGUGGGCUUGCUUUCGAGGCGAGGGUCUAGGCAGUUUUCAUGACAUUGGCGAAAUUACCAUGUUCGCAGACUAUCGCGUACCACAGGUGCUUGUACAUUUUAACUGCCUUGAAUACACACCAGAUCUUAUGGAGGUGCUGUCGUCCGAUACUAUAAUGCAGAAUGGUGAUGCUAUGGAGGUUGAAAUUCGUGGUGCCUCCAUUUAUAUCACAGAGCAAGUGAAGGAUGCUGUGCGUAAAGUUUUGGAGAAACAUCAUCCCGAAGUUUCGCGCGCCAAUGUAAACUCUAUUUUAAUGGACCACUUUCUCUGGGACUAUAGGCGAGCGCACGCCAAAGAAUUGGAGUACAUACCAUUCCAUAAAGUGUUGAGCAUAUACUAUUAAAAGUGACUGCUGGUUUCACAAAUAAAGUUAUUUUACUUUUGUAUUUAGUAAAAA